AUGCAAAUAUCUAGACGCCCCGCGUUGCUGGGCAUUGCGGUCUGGCUAUGCGUCGCUUCGCAUCCCGGCAAUGCAGCUGCCCUUGCGGAUCGGCUGCAACGUGAAGCGCCUACCCAGCCAACUCCCACUCGCCAGCCACUUACUAGUGUGCAGCAGCACAACGGAACCCUCGUCAUGGUCGGCGCCAAUGGACUAAUACUGCUCAGCGACGCCAACGGCACCACCCAACAAGCCCAAGUGCCCGUAGACCUGCUGUUGACCUCAGUUUAUUUCGUCGACGCUCGCAAUGGCUGGGCAGUGGGUCAUGACGGUGUAAUUCUUAACAGCUCCGAUGCAGGUGCUACCUGGACGACCCAGAGCGAUGGCGCCGCUAUCGGCAAAUUGAUGAAACUGAGUGCUGAGCAACGUAUCGCUCGGCUACAAGCCGAAACGCCCAGCGACGACGUUAAUAGAGCGCUGGACAACGCCAACUUCAUGCUCGACGACGUCAACGCUGGAUUGCAGUCAGGGCCGUCCAGACCCUUGCUGGACAUCUGGUUUCGUAAUGCCGACGAAGGCUGGGCGGUGGGUGCGUAUGGGACCGUACUGCACACCGUGGACGGCGGUAAACAAUGGCAAUUCAUGGAAGGUUUGGACGACCCUGAACGUCUGCAUCUGAAUGCCAUCGUCGGCUUAGCAGAUGGCACCCUCUUAAUUGCCGGUGAAGGUGGCCGAAUUUACCGCUCCAUAGACGGUGGCAACCGCUGGACGGCGCUACCGGCCACGACGCCUGCCUCGCUGUACAAAUUGAUCGCACUGCGCGAUGGACAAGUGUUUGCGCUGGGGUUUGGCGGCACGCUGCUUAGCAGCAAAGAUCAAGGACAGCACUGGCAACUCAUCCCUCUACCCACGCAUGCCAACCUCUACGGGGGCGCCCAAUUGCCGGACGGUGAUUUAGCGCUGGUGGGUCAGGCUGGCACUGUUUUGUUAAGUCAGGACUCGCGCAACUUCAGGCGCUGGCAGGGACGUGGAAGAGCCGCGUUACUGGGUAUAGCGAUGUUAUCGGAUGGUCAGAUCGCACUGAUCGGCAGUGCCGGCUUGAGCCGCAUAGCGCUAUCGGAAAUUGAGGCCAACCUGCAA